CCGGAAGCAGAGGCUGGGUGCGGAGGCUGCGGACCCCGUCCUCGGACCCCGCCGGCGCCAUGUGGCUUUCGCUGCUGCUGCUGCUGGCCCUGCUGCUGCUGGCGGUCUUCCGCAAAGGGCACCUGCUCCUGUCCGCAGGCAGCUCCCCGAACCCCUUCUCCGAGGACGUCAGGUGUACCCUCGCGCCGCUAGUGACCGACAAGGAGGCCAGGAAGAAGGUUCUCAAGCGAGCUUUCUCAGCCAGCCAAGUGCCAGAGAAUCUGGAUGCAGUGGUGAUUGGCAGUGGCUUUGGGGGCCUGGCUGCAGCUGCGAUUCUGGCCAAAGCUGGCAAGCGAGUUCUGGUGCUGGAACAACACGGCAAGGCCGGAGGCUGCUGUCAUACUUUCAGACAGAAAGGUGUUGAGUUUGACACAGGAAUCCAUUAUGUUGGGUCCAUGCAAGAGGACGGGAUUUGCCGUUUGGUCUUGGACCAGAUCACGGAGGGGCAGCUGGACUGGGCUGCCUUGUCCUCUCCCUUUGACAUCAUGGUACUGGAAGGGCCCAAUGGCCGAAAGGAGUUCCCCAUGUACAGUGGGGAGAAAGCUUACAUUCAGGGCCUCAAGGAGAAGUUUCCCCAGGAAGAAGCUGCCAUUGACAAAUAUGUAAAGCUGGUUAAGGUGGUGUCCCGUGGAGCCAUCCAUGCCGUCUUGUUGAAGAUGCUCCCCUUGCGCUUAGCUCAGCUCAUCAGCAAAUGUGGGCCGCUCACCCGUUUCUUUCCAUUUCUUCGUGCAUCCACCCAGAGCCUGGCUGACGUCCUGCGACAGCUGCCCGCCUCCCCGGAGCUCCGGGCGGUGCUGAGCUAUAUCUUCCCCACUUACGGUGUGACCCCCAGCCACAGUGCCUUUUCCAUGCAUGCUCUGGUGGUUGACCAUUACAUAGAAGGAGCCUUUUAUCCCCGAGGGGGUACCAGUGAGAUCGCUUUCCACACCAUCCCUGUGAUUCAGCGGGCCGGGGGCGCUGUCCUGACCCAUGCCACUGUGCAGAGCGUGUUGCUAGACUCAGCUGGGAAAGCCUGUGGCGUCACUGUGAAGAAGGGUCAGGUGCUGGUGAACAUCUGUUGCCCCAUCGUGAUCUCCGACGCAGGACUCUUCAAUACCUAUAAGUACCUGCUACCUGAGAACGCCCGCUGCCUGCCAGGUGUGAAGCAGCAGCUGGAGAUGGUGCGGCCUGGCUUGGGUGCCUUCUUUGUUUUCAUCAGCCUGCGAGGCACCAAGGAGGACUUAGGGCUACAGUCCACCAACUACUUUGUCUGCUUCGACACAGACCUCGACAAGGCAAUGGAGCACUACCUCUCGGCGCCCAGGGAAAAGGCUGCAGCACACGUGCCCAUCUUCUUCAUCGCUUCCUCGUCAGCCAAGGACCCCACUUGGGAGGACCGGUUCCCAGACCGGUCCACGAUGAUCGUGCUGAUGCCCACCUGCUAUGAGUGGUUUGAAGAAUGGCGGGAGGAAGCAAAGGGACAGCGGAGCAGCGACUAUGAGACCCUCAAAAACUCCUUUGUCGAAGCCUCCCUGUCAGUUGUCAUGAGGCUGUUCCCACAGCUAGAGGGGAAGGUGGACAGUGUGGCUGGAGGGUCCCCACUGACCUACCAGUUCUAUCUGGCUGCUCCCCGAGGUGCCUGCUACGGGGCAGACCAUGACCUGGACCGCCUACAUCCUCAUGUGAUAGCUUCCAUGAGGGCCCAAACCCCCAUUCCCAACCUCUACCUGACAGGCCAGGAUAUCUUCACUUGUGGGUUGAUGGGGGCCUUGCAAGGGGCUCUGCUGUGCUGCAGUGCCGUCCUGAAGCGGAACUUGUACUUAGACCUUAAGAAGCUUCACUCAAGGAUCCACACACAGAAGAAGCAGCAUUAGUUCAGUAAGCAGUGGGUCUGAGGAGUCCCAUCGGUGCUAUGGCUCAGCCCUUGAUUAGCCAUGAUGUCCUUCUGUCCUGUUCCUUCCUCACAUAAAGCACUCUAAUUUAUUUUAAUUUCUGACUAGAGGUCUGACACACAGGUCACAGUCCUUAGAUCACAGUUCUCAAGCUGUGGCUCUUCCAGCUGGCCGAUGAUGAGCUCUCAAACCUCUAACAUGUUGUCCCUGCUGAAAGACCUGGUGUGGGUGGGCCAGUGCCUUGCAGAGCUCAUCUUGUCAAGCGGUGCUUUGCAUACCACACUCCCAUACCUCCCAGCUCCGAGCUGUCAAGAGUCAAGUAUUCUUUUGGUCAGGUGGAGAGAACCUUCAAAAGCAUGGGCCAUGGGGCGCCUGGGUGGCUCAGUGGGUUAAAGCCUCUGCCUUCG